AUGGAAAGGAAAAGAAGUGAUGACUAUGAAUCAGGUCCACUUCCUUCACCAAGAGCGUUGGAUAGAUUCGGGUUUGUAAAACCGGAUGCUAACACUUCUGAGGGCGUUGCCAAGACGAAUAGAUCUGCAUAUGAGUAUGAGAAAAUUAAGGAACGGAGAAGGGUUAGAAAAUGGAGGAAGAUGAUUGGGGUUGGUGGGAGUGAUUGGAAACAUUACCUAAGGAAAAAACCUAAUGUUGUUAAAAGGCGUAUAAGGAAAGGAAUUCCUGAUUGUUUAAGGGGCCUUGUUUGGCAGUUAAUAUCUGGAAGCCGAGACCUAUUGCUGAUGAAUCCUGGAGUUUACGAGCAAUUGGUGAUAUAUGAGACAUCAGCCUCUGAAUUGGAUAUAAUUCGAGACAUUUCUCGGACUUUCCCUUCACAUGUAUUCUUCCAACAAAGACACGGACCUGGGCAACGGUCUCUCUACAAUGUUCUAAAAGCUUACUCAGUUUUUGACAGAGACGUAGGAUAUGUCCAGGGAAUGGGGUUUUUAGCUGGUCUUUUGCUUCUUUACAUGAGCGAGGAGGAUGCAUUUUGGUUAUUGGUGGCAUUGCUUAAAGGCGCCGUUCAUGCGCCAAUGGAGGGGCUGUAUCUGGCAGGAUUGCCUCUGGUACAGCAAUACCUCUUUCAAUUUGAACGUUUGGUGAGGGAGCAUUUACCGAAGUUGGGAGAACAUUUUUCAGAAGAAAUGAUAAAUCCUAGCAUGUAUGCAAGCCAGUGGUUCAUAACUGUAUUUUCAUAUUCCUUUCCAUUCCAUUUAGCUCUGCGAAUCUGGGAUGUGUUUCUUUACGAGGGUGUUAAAAUUGUUUUUAAAGUUGGCUUGGCCUUACUAAAGUACUGCCACGAUGACUUGGUUAAAUUACCUUUUGAAAAACUGAUACAUGGCCUGAAAAACUUCUCCGAGGAUGCAAUGAAUCCUGACACGUUAUUGCCGUUGGCUUAUUCCAUCAAGAUAACAAAGCGAUUAGAGGAACUGAAACUAGAGUACGAGAAGAAGAAUGGGAAGAUAACCCGAUCGAGAGAAAUUUCUGAAAAUGAAAAACCAAUUCUUCCAAGCAUUCAGAGCAACUGA